CGCUCUCUCUCUCUCUCUCUCGUGCGAACUGCUGCUGCUGCCUAUUCGCGAGACUGUCUCUCCAACUUCCAAGUUGCUGCUGCUCUCGCGUACGCAGCCGUACCGUUAUUGUACACGCUAUAAUACGAAACCAGCAAAACCAGAGCUCAAACUCUCUCGCUCUGUCGUGUAUAGGAACACAUCUGCUGCUGAUUGCUAAAAAAAAGUCAUCAUCUCUCGCUAGAGAGCGGAUGAUAUGCAUACGACUGUUACACUUGCAGUACCUGUACUUCUGACUCCGCGUAUACUUUUCUCACGUCUCGCAGUGUGUGUUCGCCGUUGUGAUUCGACAUAUUAACAGUGUGCUACGUAUUCUACAGAAAAUAAUAAUUAUUUGGACGUUUUUUCGUCGUGAUUUGUGAGUAAUAAUUCAUAUCGACGACAAGAGAUUCGACGAUUGAUAACGACACGUAUACUCGUAAUAAUACGCAUACACACAUACACGCAUAAGCAGCUAUCAAAUUCGACGACGACAUGUGCUGAUGAUGAGCUCAAGAAUUCGUCGAUUUCUCUCUAUGCACUGACGGCUAUGGUGUUAUUGGAUAGAACGUGGAAGUUGAGUAAAUACUAACAAAACAGCAUGUACAUAAGCUUGGCUGUUAACAACUAUAGCGUGGAAUGAAUGAAGAAGAACUUUUGAAGCGGUCUGCUGCAGAACGGGAUAGAAUAUUCAGCUGCUAUGACCGAGGUAGAGAAGGAGCAGAGAUCGACCCUUGGGAAGAUCCUGCCUAUGAAGUGUACCAUACCACAGACAGAUAUGGAUUCAUACACGAUAAACGGCUACCACAGAAAAUGGACCAGAAUGAAAUUAAAACUCAAUUUGUUGAGAUGGAGAGAUUAAAGAAAUGGGAUAAAAUGACAAAAAAUUGGGGAACAGUUGCUACAACAGAAAAAUUAAGACGUAGAAUUUAUAAAGGUAUACCAGAUAGAUAUCGAGGUCAAGUCUGGGUACUUUUAUUAGGUAUUCAUAAAUUAAAAAGUGAAAAUAUUGGUAAAUAUGAAGAAAUGUUACGUCUUGCCCGUCAGUGGUCUACGGAAAUUAGGCAAAUUGAUGCAGAUGUGGCUAGACAAUACAGAGAUCACAUUAACUAUAGGGAGAGGUAUAGUCUUAAACAAAGGUCCAUGUUUUAUGUUUUGGCUGCGUACAGUAUGUAUAAUAUGGAAGUUGGGUACUGUCAAGGGAUGUCUGUUUUGGCUGGAUUACUUUUAUUAUAUAUGGAUGAAGAGGAGGCAUUUUGGGGUUUAUCUGUUCUUCUUACUGACAAAAAGUACAGUAUGCACGGAUUUUAUGUCGAUGGAUUUCCGAAAUUGAAUCGAUAUAUGGAGCACCAUGACAAAAUAAUGCAAAGGUUCCUGCCAAAACUGAAGAAAAGAUUGGACAAAUGUGGCUGUGAUUCUAUACUUUAUGCACUUAAAUGGUUUUUUGUUGUAUUCCAGGAAAGAACUCCAGUUAGCCUUGGAUUGAGAAUUUGGGAUAUAUUUUUGUUGGACGGAGAUCGGGUACUACCUGCAAUAGCUUAUACUAUAAUGAAGCUUCACAAACGCCAGUUACUGACAAUGGAUAGUCUCGAUGAAUUUUGUAAUUACUUGCAAAUCAAACUAGAAAAGGAUUUCGGAUACGACGACGACCACGUUAUUUCUGCAGUUGAAAGAAGCAUGGAAGAACUGAAACGCGCAAAGCUGGAGUAUCCUGGUCCGCCAUUGCCUCACGAGCUUCCAAAGCAACCGAUCGGUACCUUCAAAGAGCCCACGUUUACUAGCAAAGUCGGCAGAAGAGCAGACGAGUUUAGCGAAGCGCAGCAGGUAAUGCGCGAGUCGCUGAUUCAGCGCCGACAGACGGCUCUUAUCGAAGACGAGGGUAGCGAGGAGCACGAGGACAGUGCGACGCCUACCGAGCUCUCGGCAGCCAGUAAUCGUCGCAUGCUCGGAGCCAACAAUUGCGUGGGCGUCAAUAGCCACGGUGGGAGCAAGUUUUUGUUCGAAGCAGGCGACGGCGGGAGCAGCUUAUCACCUCAGGGCUCGCGGCGCUCGCUGGCCGACACGUCCGUGACAUCGACGGCCGACCUGUCGGUCUUUAGCUCGGCGACCCGUAGCCAGCCCCUCGACAAUAGUCUGGACACGCAGUCGAACGCCAGCGUGGCCAGUUCGUCCGGCAGCGCUGGUCUGCAGACGCCCAGGGCUGGCUCGCAUCAGCCCAGCCCGGACGUCGUGCGCAUUUACGUGCCCUACGGUGGUGGUCCGGGCUACAAAGAUGACUUGCCGAGGACCUUACCCAGGUCCCUGGACACCAACAAGAUCCGCAUCAAGGUCCAGGAUCCAGAUCAGACGCCAGUCGUUGAGAAUCUCAAGCCCUUCGCGCUCGACAGUCCCGAGUACGAAUUGGACAUCAAGUAGAUCGGUGAACAUGAGUCAUUUUGAUCUUCAAUUCGAAGCGAUUAUUGUUAAUUAGUGUGUUGAAAUGCUCAUUGCGCCUCGAUGUUCAAUGCGAAUUGUAUAGCAGGCUGCGCUUUGACGCUGCUUCUGAGAUUUAAUACUUUAAUUAUACGAGUGAAACACGACUUUCUUAAUGUAUUUUAUCAUUUCUGCUGUAUACUGGAAUGAAUGAUUAAAUUUUUUUGUCUGCA